ACUGGUGUAUCCUGUCUUGGACUUCUAUCACAUGUGAUUGGGAGUAGUCGUUGACCCUGAGGAGGUCGACCGUAGCUUUCUGAUGUCACCGGAGAUUGCGGCAGCUCUCAACCAAGAGUUUGGACGGCAAGUCUGGGCAGCAUGAAACCAUAGUCUGCCCUCCUGCCCAGUCACUCUCUGGAAGACAAAGAAACCUCAGCUGGGAGGCCAGGCUACAAAGCCAGGAUGUCAGCGAUUCUGGAAGCAAUUCACAGCCGCGGAGGGGCUACUCCCUUCUUCGGAGCUGAUAUGUGACGAUUUCUUUGAUCGGGGCCUGUCCACGGCCGCACACCCGACGGUUAGUCCCUGCUUUCCCCCAGCGGAUCACAAAUCGGCAAAUCACUGGAUAGGGGCUGAGCUGCCGUUGAAACAUUCGAUCUCCGCAUUCCUUUGUGAAGCUGCUUUGCUGUCCAUCGCGAUCAGGGGUAGCUAGGUCUGGGCCCGCCAGAGAGGGCGCCGGGGGGAGGGCGGGCAAAGAAGCUGCUCACGGUCCAGUCUGGAAAGGGGAGGAGCGAAGAGUAUGUGUUUUGAGGGCAUAAAAGGCGUUCGCUCCUCGGCCCUGGGAGAGAACAGAAGAGAUCGUUUCCCAAACUCAGAACCAUCACAAGACAAAAAGUGAGCCACUUCGACUAGACAAGCAGCAAGAACACAUCAAGCAAAGCCGCCAACCAAGAUCCACCGAGCCACCACACAGCCUAGACGCCAGUCAACGCGAACAUGGACCCCAAAGGCGUGAUCGAACUUUCUUUGACGGCGGUCUAGUCCCUCAUCUUACUCAAGCAGGCUUGGGGCAAGGCGCCAAUGCAGCUGCGGCGCGUGACGGACAGCUUCGAGAAGCUGGAUCGGGAGCUGUUGGACACGCGAAAGCUGCGGCUCGAAGUCCGGGCCAAUGAGCACUAUGACCCGGACCUGCUCGCCGAACUCCUGGAGGCCGAGCGGCAGGGGUGCGUCGUCCUAAUCGAGGCGAACGCCGCGCUCAUUCACAAGCUGAAGGUCCGUGGUAUCCCCCUUUUCCUCCUUCGUGCGAAAACCAUGCGCGGCAAGAGAUUCAGGGGCAGCCUCCCUGAUUUUGUCAACAAAUAUCUGUGGACGCUGUGGCGUGGCGAACUGGCCGGGGUGCUCGUGCUCGAUAUUCAGGAGAGCCUGAAGAGUCUGAAGAAGGCGAGCGAGGCCGCGAAGGCCCAGCAGCCGCAGGCGAAUCGGCGGGCCAGGGCCCCGCACCCGGCCGAUGGCACCACCAGGAAGCGGCAGCAGACUGUCCACAACAUUCCCCCGGUUCGGCCGCGGACCCUCGGCCAUAUGCACUCGUGGCGGGCGCAGAUCCCCGCUCCGGCCCACCCGGAGCCACAAGAGGCCCACGACCAGGCUCCGGAGUCGGUUAUCAACCAGACUCCGGAGCUGCAGGAACUGUGGAAUGAGAUUUUCCGCACGCCCGCCGACAGAUCCUGACUACUGAGACCUGCCGCGGGCAUGAUUUGCGCGGAUUCGCAUGGACUGGCACCCGAGCCGAGCAUUUGGGAAAAUGGGAUUAGAUUGAUUCGUUCUACACUCUUUUUUUCUUUUUUGUAUCUUGUGUGCGGACAUAGAAAGACGGAGACGGGAAGGGCGACGGAGGCGGAGAGAAAGACAGGAUCAGGGUCAGAGGGAAAUUUAGGAACAGAUUGAAAGACUGCAACGGAGGAAACAACUGUAACGGAGUAAACGACGGCAAUAGAACCAAAGACGGCAAUAGAGGGAAAGACUAUAACGGAGCAA